AUCUUGUUGCAGCUUACUUACUGGAUGGGAGUUUACUGCUUUCACUUCUCACUUCCUGUUUUUGCAACCACUUAUGAAACAGUGCCAUAUGUUCUUGAUUAAAUAGAGACAUUACUGUGUUGGAGACUUUGAAAAUGUUUCAGAAAGACUCUACCUCCAGAGAAAAUGUGGAAGAGGGGCGAUCUGGUAAAUUACUCCGAAUUCUUUAUCUGUUGAGCCAAUUGAGAAAAAUGCUCCAAAGGAUAUACCUGGCAAUUAAAUAUUUUGUAAUUUCUGCCAAGUUUUAUCAUUUCAUCUUCAUUGCAUCCCUAGCUUCAAAUAUAAUGCUAUUUUAUCCUCUUUUCCCAGUGAGAAGGAGAGAGCUGGACUCAUAUGUUUUGUAUGUUCCCUGCUCAAAAGGAUGGAUAGGAUUUGGAAGAAAAUGUUUUUAUUUUUCGGAUGAGACAAGGAACUGGACAUUCAGUCAGACAUUCUGUACUUCAGAAGAAGCUGUUCUUGCUCAGUUUGAAACCGAGGAGGAGCUGAACUUCCUGCUAAGAUACAAAGGCCCCUCUGACCAUUGGAUUGGCCUUAGUAGAGAAUCAUCACAUCAUGUUUGGAAAUGGACAGACCACUCUAAAUAUAAUGCCUCGUUUGCCAUCACAGGAGAUGCGACAUGUGGCUACCUGAAUGACCUUGGAGUUAGUAGUGCCAGAAGUUACACAGAUAGAAAAUGGAUUUGCAGCAAAAAAAUAACUAUUCCAUAUCCUUAAAUUCUUCAAGUCUUUUUUAGGGAAUUUCACACAUGAUCUCCAAGAGAUGCAUUAUAAAUUACAUACAGUUGCUGCUCUAUCGCUUGCUCUUCCAAAAAUAUCACCAAUAUUCAUUUAUAGUGUUGUUAACAGCAAGGAGACAAGCUAUACUUGAAUGAUACAGGGGUUUGGAAAAGCACGAUUCUAAAUUAAGUAAGUGUUAUAUAAUGAGUUGAUAUUUAUGUUUUGAACCCAGUCAAUAUGAACAAAUGUCUCUUUUUAUAUACAGACAGUAAUUUCUUUGCACAUAUGGGACCAUAAAAAUAACUAUGAUAACUGAAGCCAUGCUAAAUGAUUUUAAUCACUGAUGAGAAAAGUUAUUAAUUGGUUAACACAAUCGAAAUUAUCUUACCAUCAGUUGCAAAUGUAUGGGGAAAACUUUUUUGGACUUCCCUGGUGGCACGGUGGAUAAGCAUCUGCCUGCACAUUCAAGAAACAUGGGUUCGAUCACUGGUCCAGGAAGAUUUCACAUGCCACGGAACAGCUAAGACCAUGUGCCACAAUACUGAGCCUGGAUUCCACAGUCCAUGAGCGGCAACUAUUGUAGCCCAAGUGCUCAAGAAUCUGUGCUCUGCAACAUGAGAAGCCACUGCAAUGAGAAGUCCCUGCACUGCAGUGAAGAGUAGCCCCCAG